ACACACACACACACACACCACAGUCUCCCUACCCCCCAAAAGGAAAAAGAGGAGGGGAGACAGAGGGAGGUGGAGGGAGAUAAGAGAUCAGAUGGAGGAAGGGAGAGGUAAAGGGGAGUGUGAAUUCAGCAAACCACCACCACAAAGGUUUGAGCUGUGUGGAAUAUUCCCUGCAACAUCUACUUUUCUGUAUGAAGCAGCUGCUUUCUAACCUUGCAGGAUGGUGGGACWCUCUUCCGUUGCUGUCGAGGCCAUGGAGGUGCUGGUGAGUGAGCUGGGUGUGCUGCUGAAGAUGCUGGAUCAGGAGAACCUCAGCUCCACCGCCCAGGAGAAGAAGACCUCUGUGAGGAACCUCCUGCAGCAGAUCCAGCCAUCRUCAGAAUCAAGAGCAGACUUCAUCUACAUGAACUCAUCAGUGUACAGAAAUGGGACAAGUUUCGUGGAGUCACUGUUCGAGUCAUUUGACUGUGAGCUUAAAGGCCUGAAAGAUGUUACAGAUGAGCUCAAAGACGACAAGUUCACAAAAAGUGUCUCUUUAAAGCAGAGCUGCGCAGACUCCCCUCCCCCGCUGCCCACAACGCCUCCUCCUGAGGAGUACUACGAGGAGGCCGUGCCCCUUGGUCCUGGCAAGAUGCCCGAGUACAUAAUCACUGCACGAGACAGGCCCAGCCCUCCCAACUCUAUUGAAGAUGGCUAUGAGGAGACAGAAAACCCCUACCCGACCACCUGCAUGAACUCGCAUCGCAAGAACUCCUACAAUGACUCUGAUGCACUGAGCAGCUCCUAUGAGUCCUACGAGGAGGAUGAAGAGGAGAGGAGUCCUGGAGUCCGACUCACUCACCAGUGGCCCUCAGAUGAGAGCUCUAUGUCUCCGGCCAGAGACUGUCGUAUCUGUGCCUUCCUGCAUCGGAAGAAACGCUUUGGCCAGUGGGACAAACAGUUCACAGUAAUACGGGAGAACAGACUACAGUGCUAUAAGAGUUCCAAGGAUACAUCUCCUUAUGUGGACUGGCUGUUGCCCCAGUGCACUGUGGUCUAUGUCCCUAAAGACAGUAAGAGGAAGCGCCACGAGCUUAGGUUCACCUUACCCAAUGGAGAUGCAUUGGUGCUGGCGAUGCAGAGCAAAGAGCAGGCUCACAUGUGGCUAAAGGUUGUUAGAGAGGUGAGUGGUCACAGCGCAGGGUCUGAAGAAGCCAGGUCCCCUGUUGUUCCCAGAAAAAUUGAGCUCGACAAGAGGUUAUCUGCAGAAAGAAACACAUCAGACUCAGACAGUGUGGGUGUGUCAGCGGGGGAGAGCAGCAGAGAAAACGUUAAGACAAAACGAGGAGCUUUUGCUGCAGGCCGCAAGAUCACACGUAUCAUCAGCUUUUCCAAGAAGAAGACCCCCAAGCCAGCCUGCGUAGACCCUCGACAAGGCUAUUUGUCGGUGCUGGUGAACCAGGUGUGGCAGGAGCAGUGGUGUCGUGUCUCCAGCGGCUUUAUGCACUUUUACCAAGACAGAGGAGAACCCAGGGCUUCUCUGGCUUCUCUUCCUCUGCACGGCUGUGAGGUGGUUCCUGGACUCGGACCCAAACACCCCUUUGCUUUCCGCAUUCUCCAAAACAGCACAGAGAUGGUUGCUCUUGAGGCGAGCAGCUCUGAGGAACUUGGACGGUGGCUCGGCGUCCUUCUGGCAGAGACGGGCUCGUUUACAGACCCYGAGUCUCUGCAUUACGACUACGUGGACGUGGAUACCAUAGCGAACAUUCGUGACGCUGCACGAAAUUCCUUCCUGUGGGCCACCUCCUCCAGCAGUACAUCUACGGAUUCCAGAACGUAUGACGARGUUCCUAAUGAGGACUUGCAGUCAAAGGAAAACCACAAGCAGCAGUCUGGGAAUCAAGAGAAGCGACUCUCCGGUUUCUCAAACAGUCACGUCGACAGAAACACCAAGUCCUCAGUUUCCCUGAAAAGAACCGGCUCAAAUGCCAACCAGUACGGAAAGUAUGGGAAAACACGAGCAGAGGAGGAUGCGAAACGUUACCUCAAGGAAAAAGAGGGCCUGGAAAAGGAGAGGGAUGGGAUCCGAAACACACUGGUGACUCUACGACAGGAGAAGAGAGAGCUGAAGGAGGAGCUAAAGAUGGCCUCGGAAAGGAGGAAAGCCUUCCUGAACAAGCGCGUGUUCGAGCUGGAGGAAGCCUGUCGAGCUAAGGAGGCAGAGAGGGUGGACCUGGAGCUCCGGCUCACUGAGGUCAAAGAAAACCUGAAGAAGAGUCAGGCAGGUUCAGCGCUCAGCGCACCCAAUGAGGCCAAGCCACCCAUUAAGACGUCUAGCAAAAAGAUCCAGAACAUCUACAGCGAGUCUUUACCAGUAAACUGUGCUGCAGAGCUGCGGAGGAGACCUCCUUCUGUUUACGCGUCUUGUACUGGAACUGUCAUGCAGAAAGCCAAGGAAUGGGAAUCAAAGAAAGGAACCUAGGAGGGGAUUACUGGAAAAGACUGAAGUGAAUGGAUAUCAGGGUGUGAUUUUUCCACCUCAUUUCUUUUAAAAGAUAAUCUAUUUUUAUACCCUGAAGCUCAGACGUUUGUGUUGAGUACCGAGGACAAACUGUAAAAAAAAAAAAA